AUGGCAAGACAGAAGCUUUACACUGGAGCCUGGUUUCUUUCUUCAGCCCCUUGGGUAGAUCCCAGCCCUGUGCCUCUGUCCCCUGGCCAGAAGAGGAAGGGAAUCAGGGAAUGGUCGGUGGCUUUCGAGGAGGAGACAGAGGAGGAGCUAGUGCCCGACGAAAACAGCGUCUGGGUCGUGGAGACGCUGUGUGGGCUCAAGAUGAAGCUGAAGAGACAGCGGGUGUCAUCAGUGCUCCCUGAGCACCACGAGGUCUUCAACAAGCUACUUGGUAGGAAGAGACCCCAGAUAGAACCCUCCAAUCCUAUUCUUUUGAAAAAAGAAGAAACUCCAAUUAAUGACAAGUAUCUCCUGUCUAUGGUCAUAGCUUAUUUCAGCAGGGCUGGCCUCUUUCCCUGGCAAUACCGACGGAUUCAUUUCUUCAUAGCACUCUACCUGGCCAGUGACAUGGAGGAGGACAACCAG